UAGUAUUCCAGCAGCAUCCUCCCCAAACACGUCCAACUGAACCAACCCGUGGGAGAAAGGUCCUUCCCCUGCCCCCUUUUGCGAGGAGAUCACUGCCAUCGCUCCUGCUGCUGUUGCUGCUGCUGCCAUAAGUGAUCCACAUCCAGGGCUCCAUCGGGCAUCCUCCCCCUCCACCAUCGCAAAGCAGCCUUACAAAUCUUGGCUUGAUUCCAGAAAGGAUCUGAUCCUGCAGCCACGUCAAUCACGUCUUCACCGCUGGCUGCGGGGCGGCCCUCGUGGCCGGUAUGCCGCUGUGUGCCGUGCCAGUCCACAGUGGAUGGUGAGGGGCAGGAGGAGGGCACUGAGUGCAGGACACCGAGAGGAGGCGGCCCACACCAAACAGGAGACAUGAACCUCUGCUGGAACGAGAUCAAACGCAAGUCCCACAACAUCCGGGCUCGGCUAGAGGCCUUCUCAGACAACAGCGGGAAGCUGCAGCUCUCGCUACAGGAGAUCAUAGAAUGGCUGACAGCCAAGGACGAAGAGCUGUCUGAGCAGCUGCCCAUAGGAGGCGACGUGGGGGCCGUCCAGCACCAGAGGGAGUUCCACCAGGCAUUCAUGGAGGAUGUUAAGUCUCGUGGGCCCUUCAUCUACUCUGUUUUGGAGUCUGCCCAGGCCUUCCUUGCGCAGCACCCCUUCCAGGAGCCAGAGGAGACCCUGACUGAUGGAAAAGAGGUGUCUCCACGUCGGCGGAUCUUGAAUGUGAGUCGCUCCGUGUGGAAGCAGGCAAACGUAGCCAGUGACUUGUGGGAAAAACUGACAGCACGCUGUGUUGACCGCCACAGACAUAUGGAGAGGACGCUGGAGCGGCUUUUACAGAUCCAGGCAGCCAUGGAGGAGCUGGCGGGGGCUCUGGAGCAGGCAGAGGGGGUCAGGGAUGCCUGGGAGCCUGUUGGGGAUCUUUUUAUUGACUCCCUUCAGGACCACAUAGACGCGACCAAGCUAUUCAAAGAGGAGCUGACCCAGGUGAAGGAGGGCAUGAAACACAUCAACGACCUCGCCCACCAGCUGGCAAUCUCAGAUGUCCAUUUGUCCAUGGAGAAUGCCCGUGCCCUGGAGCAUCUCAACAACAGAUGGAAAGUACUUCAGGGAUCCAUAGAAGAGCGGCUGAAGCAGCUCCAGGAUGCACACAGAGACUUUGGCCCCGGAUCGCAGCACUUCCUUUCCAGUUCAGUGCAGAUACCAUGGGAGCGUGCCAUCUCCCCAAACAAAGUGCCCUACUACAUCAACCAUCAGGCCCAGACGACAUGCUGGGACCAUCCAAAGAUGACAGAACUGUACCAAGCUCUGGCGGAUCUGAACAAUAUCAAGUUCUCAGCGUACAGAACAGCUAUGAAGCUGCGCCGAGUUCAGAAGGCUCUGAGAUUGGAUUUAGUGGCCCUGAGCAGCCUCGUCGAAGUGUUUCGAGAACAGGAGCUGCAGCAGGCGGAGCAGGUGAUGGAUGUAGUGGAGGUAAUUCAUGGCCUGACGGCUCUGUACGAAAGGCUGGAGGAGGAGAGGUCGACCCUCAUCAACAUUCCACUUUGCGUUGAUAUGUGUCUCAACUGGCUGCUCAAUGUUUAUGACAGCGCUCGAAAUGGCAAAAUGCGAGUUCUCAGCUUCAAGAUGGGAUUGGUGAGCUUGUGUAAUGCUGAUGUCCAAGAGAAGUACAAAUAUUUAUUCCGUCAGGUGUCUGGUCCCGGAGGUUUGACAGACCAGCGUCACCUCAGCAUGCUGCUCCAUGAAGCCAUCCAGAUCCCCCGCCAGCUGGGAGAAGUUGCUGCUUUUGGCGGCAGCAAUGUGGAACCGAGUGUUCGUAGCUGCUUCCGUGUGGCUCCGGGGAAACCUGCCAUCGAGGUGUCUCACUUCUUGGAGUGGAUGAGUCUUGAGCCCCAGUCGAUGGUUUGGCUGCCCGUCCUCCACCGCGUGGCUGCUGCAGAGUCCACCAAGCACCAGGCCAAAUGCUAUGUCUGCAAGCAGUGUCCCAUCAAGGGCUUCAGGUAUCGCAGUUUGAAGCAGUUCAACGUGGAUAUCUGCCAGACGUGUUUUCUAACCGGUCGCACGUCCAAGGGAAAGAAGCUGCACUACCCCAUCAUGGAGUACUACACCCCAACAACUUCAGGAGAGAAGAUGAGGGACUUUGCCAAGACGCUGAAAAACAAGUUCAGGUCAAAGCAGUACUUCACAAAGCACCCGCAGAGAGGUUACCUGCCUGUGCAGUCUGUGUUGGAAGCUGAAAGCUCAGAGACACCGUGUUCCUCUCCCAGGCUGCCCCACGCAGACACACACAGCAGGAUUGAACAUUAUGCAAGCAGGUUGGCAGAAAUAGAGAACCAGAAUUGUUCAUUCUUCACGGAUAGCCUGUCUCCUGAUGAAAGCCUGGAUGAAGAUCAGUACCUCCUGCGUCACUCCAGCCCAGCCCUGGACCAUGACUCGCCCUGCGGCCAGCACAUGCUACUGGCUCACCUGGAGCACCAGGACAAGGAGCAGCUCCAGCGCACCCUGGCCCACCUGGAGAACGAAAACAGGGUGCUGCAAGGCGAGUACAGGCGUCUGAAGUGGAAACAUGAGGAGGCAGCGUCACUCCCAAUGCUGACUGAGGCCGGAGAGGACAGCUUGGAGUCGCCUUCGGCGGGGCAGCAGGACGAAGAGCUCCUGGCCGAGGCACGGGUCCUCCGGCAACACAAAACACGCCUGGAGACCCGCAUGCAGAUCCUGGAGGACCACAACAAGCAGCUAGAGUCCCAGCUGCGCAGGCUCAGGGAGCUGCUGCUACAGCCCAAAGAUGAUUCGGAAGCCAACGGAUCAGAACCAUCCACGCUGUCUUCCCCUGUGUCUGGAGGGGGUCGUCACGGAGAGCCAGCCAGCAGGGAGACUACUGACACCGAAGCAGCAGGGGAUGAUCUGGAACACGAGCAGGAUACGGUUCUGCAGCUACAGGAGGUCAUUGAGCAGCUGAGAAACGUCUUCCCUUCAGAACCAGGCACCACCUCACACAUCUAACUUGGAGUGGUCCUCGAAGAGCAGAGAGAUGGCCCGAGAAGAUGCUGAUAGUAGAGGGAGGGGCUUGAGGCUGCUGAGAUCAGGCCACGACCAGCCAGGCCCUGUGAUCGCGGCAGCAGCUGCGACACUCACAGCUAACCCUCCUUCAGAACUCUUCGCAUUAAGAGGCUUUCUCAUGCAAAGUGCUAAUGGCUCACGCUGAUGUCCUUAUGGCUUCUGUGCUUCAUAACUUCAGUGACACCACGCUAAUGAGCCAAAGGCAACUAUUGUUAGCGGCAAGGUCAGGGAGAGACAAAAGAGAGGAAGAAAGUCCAUCCAAAACACUGUGCUUACCAGUAUUUGUGUAGUUGUUCAGAGGUGUGAAGCUUUAUAUCAGUCCAGAGCACAAAUUCAACCUUCCAUGAAAAGAAUUUUGAAGAAUGCAAAAACGAAUAGGAAGGGUAUCCCCUUGUGUCAAAAAUGCCUUUGUCUUUGGUGUUCUUUUUUGUUUUUUUUUUUCCUUCAAGUUGUUGUCAUGGUUGUUCCUUUUGGGUUUUGAGCCUUUUGACUCACGGUUGACUGGUUUCGUGUGGCUCCAUGGUGCAAAUUGGAGAGAAAUGACUUUUCACUCAAAUUCAUGAUUUAUUUAUGACAGCCAAAGUGCCCGAUAGCACAGCGCCUAUGUAUGCACACACUGUGUUGCACAUGAUAGUCACAAAAUGCUUGUCGUUCUCAUCGCUUGCCUGUCCUAACUGAGCCCUUCCCCCCCGCACACUCAUACAUAAACGUAUGCUGCUAUACAUACUCCCUAUUUACAAUACUCUUUGCCAUUAUGUACAACCACACAGCUCCCUGUGUGAUCUAUUACACGUUAUGUUACAAUACAAAAAACAAAAAGAAAGACAAAUACACUCCCCACGUAUGCUUUCAAGAAAAUGUAGGGUCAUUUCAUCUUUCGCAGCAUUCAGGCAAGUUUUCAUUUUUGAUCCAAAUUGUAUUGUGUCUGGUGUUGCAAUUUGUUGAAGAAAUAUAUGCCAAUAAAUAUCAGCACACAGGCCUCCACCCAGGGAUGUUAUUGUUCUCCUGCUGUGUGCAGAAAUAUAGACAGAAGGAGCUCAAGAGGUAGAGCUCCAAACGCCCCCUUUCGCUGCCAGGCCAAUUCCAGACGCAACAGGAGGUCUAAAGAACACUGACAUAAAGCAGUGUUACAUCCACAUCACCCAAAAUAAUCCAUUUAUUCCGUCUAGAUUUUAACAGAGCAGCGGGUAUUGGUGCUGUGUGCGUCAAUUCCCUAGCUGAUACAUAAUUGAUUGCAUUUAGAUUCACAAAAGGACGUGUGGUUGGAAUGGCUUUGCCCUCAUCUUAUUAGCGUGAUGAGGGACAUUGUGUUCUAAACAUAGCACAGCCAAUUAAUGCCUUAAAACCAAGCUGAAUCCAGCGUCUUGAUUCAGGAAAGAAGGUUUUCAUCAGACGUUUAUAGUGUUUGUCAGUCCCCGGGCAAACCUGUGGUUGACUGGAAGUGAGGAGAAAGAGUGGUGGAGUGUGGAUCGUCCAUGGUUACAGGUUCAAUAGAGCUCUCAAAAGUGAACCCAUAAUUCUGGGCACACUUGAAUGGACUAAAAAUCUGAAACACAUGAGGGAAAAGUAGGGAAGGGAAAGGUAUUUAAUGCUUGAGGGCUGGUUGGAAAGAUCCACUUUGAUGUGCCUGCCACAGCAAAACCUUGAAGCAAGACUGGAGUUUGCCUGAAACUAUGAAAGUCUGUGCAACAUCUGCAAUCAUCCCACCUACUUCUCACAAAACAUGCAUUCAUCUUGUGCCCAGCGUCAUGAAUAUGAGUUUGAAACCCAUGUGCUGCAUUCAUUAUGGGCUUCCGCUCAGGGCAUACAGCACUCACAUUUGACACCAUCCUCCUCACCACUUGCUGCCUGUUAGUUUUGAUACUGUUGCUAGGGAACCGUCCUCAAGGACAUAGUUCCACAGGUUUGUGAGUCGGACGGAAGAUUGGCUGUUCAUAUUACAAAUGCUAAUAGCCUUAAGGGAAGCAAGGGAAGAGCACCUUGUUUUUUUUUCCCAAACAUGACUUUCCAUUGGUCCAGUUCUUCCCCACGGAAGCACUGAAGAUCUUCAUCAUCGUUUGUGGAAUCUGUUUAUGCAUCAGCAUCUCUUAAGAACGGGUUUUGUCAGACAGAUCUUAGUCAGAACAAAGAGCAUCAGCUCAGCCCGUGGGAGGGAAGAAAAAAAAAAGAAAAAAAAUAGCCAUGACAAGCAAUGUUUAUUCAUAGUCAUUUAUCUGUGGGUACUUACUCAUCUCAUUACACAAUGAUGAUUACCCAUCACACGCAGCUUCCCCAUACUCUUGUAAGUGGGUACCAUAAACUGAUGUAGCAGUGACAGGUUGUGGAAAAGAAAAGAGGAUGCAUUCCCCGUAUGUGAAGAAUAGUCAUGUUUAUUUUAAGAUGAUUAAGAGGUGGCAGAAUGACAUAAUUAAAUUAAAUUGCUAUAAGAUGGAUUUACAUUUCCAUGCACCAUGCAUCUCUGCACUGACGGUGAUUCGUUAACACAGUGAGUCUAAUCGCUGCAUGACUGCUUGAUCAUGGGAGUAAACUGAUAUUCUGCUGUCAGCUUCCUGUUUACCCCCCACACCCCUCUCACUGUCCUACCUCUGAGUCGGACCCCUCCAUCACCCCCAACACCCCUCCUGCAUUAGCCAUGCAACAUCAGACCAUAUAACAAGAACUUGUGUGUCACACAACAUGUAUAACAAGGCGAAGAAUCUCAUAUCUUACUGGUAAACUGAGGCUUUUUUUUUUAUUUUUUUUUUUUCAAACUCACCGUUACUAUACCUCAUUAAUCACUUAAAUAGUUUAAUAGUUUUGAUUUUCUGUUUUUGUCCAGAACUCCCACACUUCUUGCUGUCUUUUUCUCUGGAGUUUUUAAUCUGUAUAAGAAGUUUUCUGAGGAAAAAAGGCUUUUUAUUGUAAUAAUAACAAGUGGGUUACUGGCUGCUUUCUACUCUUUGUGUACAGAAAUAAAACUUUGUAU